AAUUUGACCAAAUCUGACAUCUCUACUAGAUGCUGCUGGGUUAGCGAGUUCUGCAUAGAGCAGUGUAGUAUAUUCGUCUAAUUCGUUUUAUUGAGGAACUGCAGGGAUCUUCCCGCUAAACGCUACAAUCAUGAAGAUGCAAGGAUUAAGUUUUACGAGCAUGAAGAAGCAUCCAGCUCUGCUUCCAUUGUAUUUUUGCGUAGGCCUAGGAGGCCUAGGUGCGGCGUUUUAUAUAUUACGUCUAGCAUCACGUUGCCCUGAUGUUUCCUGGCUAAACAAAAAGGAGUCUGAACCAUGGAAUGUCUAUACAGCUAAGCAAUAUAAGUUCUAUACAACAAAAGGAGAAACCAGCGAUUCGAAGAGCCCAGCGCCAGAAUAUUGAACUGUAAUAUGUAAACUAGUAAUUGUUAUAGGAAUAAAUUGUUAUAUAAAUUAUUAUCUUUAAGAAUUUUCAUCUCUGAACAAUAUUAUUCUUGUGAACUAAACAACAGGUAUAACAGUCUCAAAUUAUUUUCAGAAGGAAUAUCUUCAAUAUUAUUGAACGUACAUACAUUACAUUUUAAUUUUUUUUUUUUGUUUGAGAGAAAGUUUGAUAUUUAAUAAAGUCCGUGUCGCCUGUAAGCGAUGCUGAUACAGGAAA